AAGAUCUUUGGUCCGUGAGCUAGCUGAGCGUAGCGAUUCGACCGUCGCCGGCGACGGCGAGCUCGGUGGUAGCUGCGUGCUCGCGCUUGCGUGUGCAACGACGAGGAGGAGGAGGAGGAAAUGGGGCGGGUGAAGCUGCCGAUCAAGAGGAUCGAGAACACGACGAACAGGCAGGUGACCUUCUCCAAGCGCCGGAACGGGCUGAUCAAGAAGGCGUACGAACUGUCCGUGCUCUGCGACAUCGACAUCGCCCUCCUCAUGUUCUCCCCCUCCGGCCGCCUCAGCCACUUCUCCGGCCGCCGCGGGGUGGAGGACGUGAUUCUCCGGUACAUGAACCUCUCGGAGCACGACAGGGGAGAAUCCAUCCAGAAUCGGGAGUAUCUCGUCAGCAUGCUCCAGCGGCUCAAGCGAGAAAGCGACAUGGCGACACAGCUAGCGAAGUAUGCAUGCACCCCAGGGGCGCUGAACGAGAAAAUAGAGGAGAUUCAGCAAGAGAUAUAUUCUUCCCAGCAACAGCUGCAAAUCACCGAGGAACGCCUCAGGAUGUUCGAGCCAGAUCCUGCGGCGUUCAGCUCCACGAGCGAGAUCGACGGCUCCGAGAAGUUCAUCAUGGAAUUGCUGAGCCGCGUCAUGGAAAGGAAGAACAACUUGUUGAGCAAUCACAUGGCGCCGUUCGAUCCAACGGCAGCUACGAUGCAGGGUGCAGAUGGGAAUCAGAUGUACGUGAACCAAGCGGACGGAUUGGCCACAUUCGGUGGUGACGCUGCCAUGUGGGGCCCGGACGGAGGGGCAGAUCCUGGCCAUUCGAUUUUCGGUGCAUCUGACCCGUUGAUCUACCUCAGGUUGCGACUUUUUUUUUUCAGGGACCACGACGUGUACGACGCCAACUCGCAGGUGGCCGGGCUGCACGGCGGUGACCCCUGCGCGGCCGGCGGCGCCGCGGCGGCGGCGGCGGCGGCGUGCGUCGAAGACGUCGCGGGAGAUGACCACGCCGCCGCCGACGCGUGGAGGCAGGCGUACACCUGCACCGAGCUGCUCUCCACGCUCAUCCCCACCACGCCGUUCCCCCUCAUGCCGCAUUGCCUGGGGCCGGAGGACCAGUACCUGUCGAUGGAGCAGGGCAUGGUGGCGCAGCAGGAGCCGGUGGAGGCGUCGGCGAGCUGCUCCUACGUGCCCAGCGACGAGACGGCCGGCACGCCGGUCAUGGCAUACGACAGCAACGCGCCGCCGGCGAACAUCGCCUGACCUGAUCAUCGAGCUCACCUAACCUAUAAACUCUAACCUUAUUAAUCCAUCCAUCCACUGUACAAAUACUACAUCACAUGAUCGAAUCACUAGAGAACUGAAUAAUCUCGCAGCUCCGAGCUGCGCUUGCAAGCUAGAAAGGCAGUCACAUGGUGACGCACACGCAUGUGUAAACUACAGAACUGAGUUAAUCAAUCGUCUGCUCAUAAAAGUUCAGAUCAAGAUGGCAAAUGCAAACAAGAAUAACCGUAUAAGAUGAUUGGAUACUUAAAUAUAUUGCCAUGCAGUCUGAUUCAUUCAUCAGCAGUCAAGAGUCAACCAAGGCCAGCUGAGUCUGGAGAACACCUGAAGAGUGGUGAAGAGAGUGCAAAUGUGCAAUCUGACGCAAAGGAAGAUACUGUACCAUGCAAAGAUGUGCAGUGCAGAAUCAUCUUUCUGAACCUCUGACAAAGAAGGGCACUAACCACUAAAAAGCCAGGAGUCAGCAGCUGGACUGCUGGAAUGUUCUUAUUACAGUCACUACUAGUAAUAUCUAUCCAGGCGAUUCUGUCAUAUUUAGGUUCCUUAGCCAUGAAUUAACCCCAUCCCUUGUCUUCGUUUUGGAACAAAGACGAGGUAGAGCAUGACUAGUGCUGCCUUUUGCCUUUUUCGAGGUUAAGCAACUUGUGCUAGUUUUCUUCCUCUCUCUCUCUCUCUCUCCUGUGUGUUCAACAGAGCAUGCUUCUCAUAUGCUGAUAUCUUGCAACUUGCACAUUUCUCAUAUGUCAAACUUGUCAUUCAGCUUUAUGGAACAAGAUUACAGAUAUCUGUAUUGACUGUGACA